CUUUGGCCAACAGUAAGUUCGAAGAAUACAAGUGCGAUGCUAACUCAUCACUUCAUAUUAAGUUAGUUGAAAAUGAAAAAGAUGUGUUGGACUUGGAAAAAAUUUUUUAUCCUGAUAUGUCUCAUCAGGUCUUUGGAGAGAGUGAAGUUAUUUUUGGAUAUAAAAAUUUGAAUGUUCAGUUAUACUACCAUGCUGGCAGUUUACUCACAUACCUUGGUGUAAAGUAUGAUGAAAUGAUAGACAAAUCGUGCUGUGAAGAUGUUGAGCCGGAUGAUGUUGUUUCAAAGGUUGCUGAAUUUUUAGCUCCAGGUUUUUGCACUAAUUUGGAGCAGUUUAUAUCAAAAUUACCCCAAGAAAGUAAAUUUGUUCCCAUGGGAGAAAUGAUAGAACGUUUUGAUAAUGAAGGAAGAACGUAUCAAAUAUACAAGACUGAUGUCACAACACCCAAUUUCAGAAAUUACCACGAGAGAUUGCAAACAUUUGUUCUCUGGUAUAUUGAUGCAGCUUCUUUUUUAGAUAUGGAUGAUGAUAAAUGGGACUUUUUCCUCAUGUACGAGAAGUGCACAGAGGCUGGAACAACGACGUACAAAAUAGUGGGGUAUACGACAGUAUAUCGCUAUUAUGCCUACCCCGAUAUGAUACGACCAAGGAUCAGCCAGUUUCUCAUCCUGCCUCCAUUUCGGAAGAAAGGCCUUGGCGCAAAACAACUUGAAUGCGUUGACAACUUUUACAUCAGAGACGAAAAGGUUCUCGAUAUGACAGUUGAAGACCCCGUCGACGAAUUUAGACGUUUACGUGACUAUGUUGAUGUCAUGAAGUGUCUUUCUUUACCUGCUUUUAAAGCUGAAAAUUUACGUAAUGGCUACACAAAAGAAAUGGUUAAUUCUGCUAAAAAACAUCGGAAAAUUAACCAGCAUCAAUGUCGACGAGUUUAUGAAAUUCUUCGACUUCGAGCUACAAAUCUUAGCAAUGUUGAAGAACAUCGGCGAUAUCGCCUGGAAAUUAAAAAAAGACUUAAUGCGCCAUAUCAGAAAGAAAAGGCCGAUCUCGAAAAGCUUCGUUCUGUUUUGACUCCGGAUGAAUAUUCUACUGCGGUUGCGAACAUGUUACAACGGGAACAGUUAAACUUCCUCGAGGAAAGUUACCAAGAAACAAUUGCACAGUAUAAAAGAAUCCUGGAAAGAAUUGCUGCUUCGUAAAUCAACAACAUAUUCGAUAUGUCAAACGUAAGUUACCACUCUAGAAUUUCUUGGUAAUACAUAUAUUGCACCUAUGUUCAGUGGAUCUUAUCGAGUACAGCUUGUAGAGGCAUAGGCCUGGGGCCGGUUGUAUCAAUUGAUUGGGCUUAAGCCCGUUUAUAGCUUAAACGGCGGAUAAGUCAAAGUUAAAUCACACUCUUAUAGAUCUCUCUUGAAUAAGUUCACUUGAAUAUUAUGCACUGAAUAUGUAGUUGUAAACAGUAUCUUUGUAUUAAGAUU